UCGCACACGCUCCUCGACGCGAGCACCAUCUCGACAAGCCUUCUUCACAGGGGCGCAUCACUGCUGAAUGAUACGUGCAUGACAGACGAGUUACACUGAGAGAGAAAUAAAGUAAGAGACUUUGAAAAGACCAGAGGAGAACCAAACAACUGACUGUACUGACAUCAGCUAGACAUCCAGGUUCAUCUCAACACCAGGAGACGACAGAGCCAACUCAGCUUUUGAGACGUAAACUAAACCCUGGCAUAACCCAAAGACUUGAGUCGACCGCCCAGAGUGGUACCUGUGGUUGAAACCCAGACGUUGUGGUUGAAAACGGCUCAUUAAUAGUCAGUAAUUGUGGUCAGUGGGUGCCAUCAUGCAGAAAGGAUCUGUGGUCUUGGUGGGAGUUCUGACUGUGCUGAUUACAAUGUGGGCUGGAGUGGACCCAGCCCCCACCCUGCUCACUGACAGAGGAGACACGAAGCCAUCAGAUCCAGCUACAGAUGACUCAGCCGAACGACCGAGAACACAAGCUUCAUCAACCAGCACUUCUAAAGCGCUGAAGAAACUGUUAAUGACCACCCGCCCUGCCAGCGGAGAGAAGACCCCUGCGUCCAUCAGCAAUCUGAAUGGUCAGCUGAAAAUGGAUGAGGGGACGAGCAGUCCAGGCAGACGAGCCCAGAUCCUGAACAUGCUGUCGGCACUGGAGGAGCUCAGCAGGAAAAUGAACAACAGCCUCAGCACACGAAUGACCGUAAUGACCAGGGGGUCACCGAAUGGACGGAAUCCAGCCAAGAAGAAUAAAGCUGUGGCCGCAGAGGACGCAGUCAAAGUCACCACAGUGCCCCCUGUGGAUGUACGAGGUAAUGUCACUGCAUCCAGGACCAGCACUGACCACAUAGACCCAAGCAGCCGAAAAAAGUCCCUCCAACCCAAGAAACCCAGCAAUAAGAGAGUGUGUUUCUGGAAAUACUGCUCCCAGAACUGAUCCUCCACCUUUUGAACACACGUGGAAACAUCCAUGGUGCCCUCCAAACUGACUCAUAUGCCACUCCACCCCCAUCCGACACCCGGACUCUAGGCAAACGGGGGCCUGGCGCCACCAUUGACCUUUUUCUCUGGCUCAUCAAUAACCGUACUGACCAAGCAGAUUCCCCCAUCAUUCACCUGUCUACUUGUGCCUUCGUGCACGACAGCCUGUUAACCCUUGAGGAAAGAGAAUGCGCGGUGCGAGCUCUAAUAAAGAUGACCCAAGCAUGGCAAAA